UUUAUAGCAGUUCGUAUGCAAACAACGUCUGAGUACAGUUAGCUUCCUAACAGUAUUCAGCUUGCAACGAAAUACCAAAAAUGUGGACCAUGCUUCAAAAUGCAAUAUGUGCUAGAAUACUUGGAGAACGUCAGCUUUUACUAAGUUAUUUGUAUUAACCUAAGGAAUUUACCAGAACAAAGGAUGAGACAGGCUGAAUAGUUUCAAAGGGGAACUUCAGCUAUUUUAAAGCACAAGUCAGUCAACUUUGCUUACGUAGUUGCCUCCAUUCAUUCCCUGAAGCCAAUCGCUUCCCCCGUGGCGGCUGAUAAGAACUGGACAGCUUGCUGAGGUGGAGUGUCAGCAUCCUUAGUACUGAGCACAUUCCCAGGCACGUCGGUAGCCUCUGUCCAUCACCCAUGCUGGAAGCUGCUUGGAAAAGGAGAAGUAGAAACCGGGGAAGGGAAACCAUGCAUCAUCAUCCUGGCUGGAAUGUACUGAAGACUUUAUGCUUUUUUCAUCAUGUGGAUUCGCUAGAGAAAUGACCGUGUUUGAUCAGCCAGGGAAGACCAAAAACUGGUUAAUUUGCCCCCUGUGCCCACCACGAGUGCUGAGGCUCUGGCCCUGCAGGCGCCCGAGGACAAGGAGGAACCUGCUUGUGGGCACAGCCUGUGUCAUCUACCUGGGCUUCCUCGUCAGUCAAGUGGGGCACGUCUUGCCCCAGCACAAAGGAGGACCCUCAAAGACCAGCUCCAGGAGUCUCCAGGAUGCGGCCCGAACUCCUUUCCUGGGCAUCCCGCUGGAUGGCACCCUCUCACCACCCAACCUCCAGGAGCCCCAGCUGGGUGGCAAUGGCACCUCGGAGCCCCCCAACGUGGUGUACAUCACCCUGCGCUCCAAGCGCAGCAAGCCUGCCAACAUCAGGGGCACCGUGAAGCCCAAGCGCAGGAAGAAGCGGCCACCGCGGGCCGGGCUCCCGCAGGCCCAGGAAAGCAACAUCCGGAUUUACAGCAAGAGCUCUCCCUCUUGGCUGAGCAAAGACGACAUCCUGCGCAUGCGUGUGCUGGCAGACGCUCCCAUCGAGAGUAUCCGAGAAGGCCCUUCCCAUAAUGGAGUCCUGGUAGCAUUUGGGAAGGGCUCCCGCUCCCCGGGAGCCGCCUGCGAUCACGGGCACUGCGGCAUCAUCAAAAGACCCCUUGACAUGAGCGAGGUGUUCGCCUUCCAUUUGGAUAGGAUCUUGGGGCUCAACAGGAGCCUGCCUUCCGUAAGCAGGAAAUCGGAGCUCUUCCCAGACAGUCAAGCCUGCCCUGUUAUUCUCUGGGAUCCCACACUGAGUCCAACAGAUAAUUUUACUCAUUCUUCACUGAGAUUAACGUGGGGAAGAUAUCAGCAACUUUUGAAGCAGAAAUGCUGGCAGAAUGGUAAAAUACCCAAAGCUGAAUGGGGCUGUACUGAAAUCCAUCAUCACGAGUGGUCCAAGAUGGCACUCUUUGAUUUUCUUCUGCAGAUCUAUAAUCGACUGGACAGAAAUUGCUGUGGAUUCAGACCUCUCAAGGAAGAUUUCUGCAUGCAGCAAGGACUGAAGCUGAAAUGUAAUGAUCAAGAUGCUAUUGAGCUGACGCACAUAGUUCAGAGGAGGCAUGACCAAAAGCACUUGGCUUUUAUAGGCAAUAAGGGUUUCUUUGACAGGAAUGAGGACAAUCUAGACUUCAAAAUACUACAAGGAAUCAAUGAAUUCCCUGAAUCUGCAGUUUCAGUGCUGAGGAGCCAGCGUUUACGUGAGAAGUUGCUUCAGUCUUUGUUCCUUGACAGAGUGUACUGGGAGAGCCAAGGAGGCAGGAAGGGAAUUGAAAAGCUGAUUGACGUAAUAGAAAGGAGGUCCAGAAUUCUUCUAACUUAUAUAAAUGCACACGGAGCCAAAGUAUUACCCAUGAAUGAAUGAAGCACCCUUGUUUU